AUGUCGCAUACCAUUGAUGAUGCCCAAUCCGUGACUGAAAGUCUACCGGAUGCCCCCGGGGGCGCCCCUACCAAACAGUCGUACCGAUCAUUCAAGAAGAAGUUCGCGAAGCUUAAGGUUAAGUUCGAGCUGCAGAUGCGAGAGAGCGAGUCUCUCAUCCGUGAAGGGUUGCGUAUCGAGGAUCUGUCCAAGAGGAUUCAGGCACAGAAUGAUCAGCUCCUAGAAGUUCUCCUGGAAUUCAACGACAGUCUCCAUGUGUCCCCAAGUGUGCGGUACGAUCUGAGCGCGCCGGAAGAUGCAUCCUUCUUACCACCACCCGAGCGAGACAUUCCGAAAUCGUACAAUGACCCUGUCGUAGCGAGCUCUGUCUUACAAGAAGCCAAGGCUAGACUGGCUGCUGGACGUUUGUCUAGCGAUGCUUAUCGUGAGGUGGAGGAGGAUGUCAAGCGCGGACAGGCUUUUGCACCGCGUAUGCAGUACAGCACUCUGUCGACAUUCCCCCAUUCCGCGCCUUUGCAGCCAGAGAACCCCGACGACUGGAAUCCCGCGCAAGAACUUGGGUUUCUCACCCCCGAAUACGAGACCGAAUAUUGCCUGGCUCUGGAUGCUAAACUGGGCGACGAAGAGGCCCUGGAGCAGCUUGAGGUUGUUCCCAAAAAGCCAUCACUAGCGGAACGCGAGAGAGAGGCUGCUCUUCGGAGCCACGUCUCUGUACACAAUUGGUUACGCCAGAAUCAGCCCCAAAUAUUCCUGCAGGACAACGAAAACGCCUCGGAAAAGUCCGGCUCUCGACCCUCCAAUCUACGCACUUCCAAGCGGGCUCCGGCCCAAUCACGCAAAGAGGAGGAUGUGUAUGAUGAUGACAGUAUCCUGGAAACUGCGUCCACCUCUGGAGGUACGAGAGGCAAACGCAAGCGCGAUGAAGAUAGCGGUUAUCGGCCCAAGGGUGGUAGCAGUCGCUCAAACCGGAAGAAGAAGGAUGAUGAGAAUGCCACCCCCAAACGCCCUUCGAAGCGAUCUUCGGGCGUAGGUGCCUGA